AUGUCUGACACCACUGAUGACGCUAACAAUCCCAACAAUUUGGUGUCGAAAUUUCUAAAGCUUCAAUCUGAAACCAAUGAAAUUCAAUCGAUAUUUUCCAAGCAAUCUUCAUUCGACGUGACAAGUCUCUCUGGAAACAAAAUGCUUAAAGAUUUAUAUGAAUCAAUGAUAAAUCGUGAGAAUGAACAAAAUAAGUUCAAUGAAGAACUAAUGAAGACGAUGAAGGAUCAGAAUAAAGAACUGAAACUUCAAUCUGAGCAAGUGUUGAAAGAGAUUCGAUCGAUAAAAUCAGAUUUGGAAGAAUUGAAAAAUCAAUAUCCAUCAGAGAUACAGUCAAUGAAGAAAUUGAUGAGUGUUCCGGAUUCAGAUGAUUCCUCGUUACUUCCAGAUACCUUAGUGAAAAAUGAUACCUCUACAAGUGUCACUGGAAAGGAAUUCGUACUCAAACAUAUUUCGAAAAUGCUUCAGAAAUCGGAUCGGGUCGAGUUUACAGCGAAGAAGAAGAACAUUUCAAUAUUCCAUGGAACGAGAAUGACUCGAAAAUCUUCCCACGAUUUUGGUAAUAAAAAUGGUAACACAAAGUUCCGUGCUCAUGGAUAUCCGAAAUUCAUUGAUUGGAAGGACUUGGAAAAGGAUUACAUUGUUGAUGGAAAAUUGCGAGUGGAAAUUAGUGUCAAAAUCACCAAUACAACUGGAUUAUACGGAAAACCAUUGAGAAAUUUCGAUGAAAGAAAUAAAGCAUUUUCGGAUGUUGUGAUAAAAGUAAAAGAGAAAAAGUUUCAUGUAUUCAAGUUGCAUCUCGUUGCCCAAUCUGCCUACUUCAAGUCGCUUCUAUCCGGGAUAUCUCCAAACGAAGAAGUAGAACUCAGUGGAAUUGAACCAGAAGAUUUCCAGGUCUUUUUGGAAGUUUUGUACGGAGAACCAGCUAUUAAUGAAAAGACAGUGGAAGUCAUCCUCUACUUGGCGGAGAAGUACGAUACACAUGCUGUUACGAAGAAAUGUGAGGAAUUUCUUAUCGAUGGAUCUGGGAAGAAAAUGAAGAAGAAGUUGGAAUUAGCAAUCAAAUAUAAGUUGGAAAAAUUGAAGAAACACUGCUUCGACAAUAUCGUGUCUGCUGGCGAGAUUCGAUCGGUUCUCCCAUCCGAUAUCAGUGAUCUGGAUCCAUCGACAAUGAAAACUCUUCUUCAAAAAUCCUUGGAUCUACUCGAAUGA